AAUAAAUUUAAACCACAAAUAAUAAAAAAAUCUUAAGCUAAAAAAAUUCUCAAAAAAAAAUUAAAUAAACAAAUAAAAAAAUUAAAUUUUUCAAAAAAAAAACUUCAAUAACAAAAAAUUUAAAGUGUUAACAAAACCUCUUCUCAACUUUUUCCAUCCAACCAACCAAAAAACAACCUCCAGCAUAGGUACCCGUUUGCGUGAACAUACUCUAAAUAAAACCAAAAUGAUUUAUAUCGAUGAUUCAGAACCGGAAGGGGAAUUAGAACCAGCUUUUCCCUAUAGAGAUGUAACCAUACAGAGAGGAGUAGAUGCCAAUGAACUAUAUGAAAUACUAGGCGAAGUGGGCAGAGGCAAAUUUGGCACUGUUUAUAAAUGUCAGGAUAAAAGUAACAAUUUAAAAUUGGCUGCCAAAUUUGUACCCAUACCGAAGCGUGAAGAUCGUCGUAAUGUUGAACGUGAAGUGGAAAUUAUGAAUUCGUUGCAGCAUCAUUUGAUUAUACAAUUAUAUGCGGCGUAUGAAUAUCAGAAAAUGAUGUGUGUCGUCCAGGAAUUAGUAGAAGGUGGUGAACUAUUCGAUCGUGUAGUGGAUGAUGAAUUCGUUUUAACGGAACGUGUCUGUGUCGUCUUCAUACGUCAGGUGUGUGAGGCCAUGGAAUUUAUACAUCGCAAUAAUAUUUUACAUUUAGAUUUGAAACCAGAGAAUAUUUUGUGUUUAACCCAGGAGGGUAAUCGCAUUAAAAUCAUAGACUUUGGUUUAGCAAGAAAAUUUGAUCCAGACAAAAAACUACAG